AUGGAUCGGACGUCACAAUGGAUGAGGUCCGUCGUGCUGCAUCUCAUUGUGGCGUCGAAUGCAAAACGGCGAUACAUGAGAGGGUCUCGAAAGAUCAGCGCGGCAAUGGACCUACACCACAGCGUCCAGGCGGUGGCCACCAUCAUGAACUCGACGUAUCAGCUACAACGAGCGAUUGGCUCUGCCGUUGGCAAGUCGAUCGGCAGCGGUGCCGGUUCAUCGCGGUCCAUGUCCCGCUCACUUGUCACCCAACCACUCCGCCGUGCCGCACUUUCGUCCCGGCAACAACCUCUCACCGUGCCUACCAGGCUGGAGCCCUUUCCAUCACCUCGCGCCUUCUCGGCCUCUUCCCAAACCCGUCAAGAUCGGGCCUCAGACUACGCCGACGCACCCGAAAACUACAGCAAACCUUCCUCGUCCCGAUCUUCCAAACCGUGGUAUCGUUCUCCUACGACGCUCGUGCUCGGUUUCAUCCCCAUCUUCACGUUCGGUCUGGGCUACUGGCAGAUCAAACGACUCAAAUGGAAGGUGUCCCUGAUCGAAGAGCUCGAAGACAAACUUUCGAAGGAUCCGCUUCGUCUCCCGCGCAACAUCAACGUCGAUGUUCUGCCGCAAUUUGAUUUCCGUCUGGUGUCGGUAAAAGGGUCCUUUGAUCAUUCACGGACGAUGUUCGUGGGACCCAGGGUGAGGGACGGUGUGAUGGGAUACCAUGUGGUCGUGCCGUUCAGUAGGAGCGAAGGUGGCGGCAUGAUCUUGAUCAACCGCGGGUUUGUGAGCGAGAAGCAAAUCGAAGGGACGGGAGAGAAGAGGAGGCUCAAGGACGAAGCGAUGCAGAGCGGAGAGAAGGAAUUCGUCGCUUUACUGCCCAGGAUCUACCCAGCAAAUACGUUUACGCCGAACAAUGUUCCGGAAAAGGGAAGCUGGUUCCACGUCAAUCCGUCCCAAAUGGCCGAAUGGGCUUCCAACAAGGCCGGCGUCGAAGCGCUUUCCCUCGCAAUGAAAGAGGCAGAAGACAGCUACACCCCAAGCGCAGGCGUCGCAGAGAGCGUCAAGAACAUGCUUGGUUCGAGAGAAACGCAACGCGUACUUCCGGUGUAUCUGGAGGAAGUGUUUGAUGGAAACGUGGGCGAGGCAGCGGCGAGGGUGGCUCAAGGUGUACCGGUGGGUAGGGCGGCGACGAUCGAGUUGAGGAACCAGCAUGCUGUUUAUGCGGCGACGUGGUUCUCCUUGAGCGCGUGUACGGCCGUCAUGUUCGGUCUGCUCGUUCGUCGUGGUCGAUCCUAA